AUGAAAAUCAGCGAUGUCCUCAGUGAAUCCAUAUUAAACCAAAAUGGGAAGCUGAAAAAAAGUGGAAUAGGGAUGGGUGUAGGAAUCGGUAAAGGGAAGGUGGAAAUGACCAGCGGCGAAAAUGCACUGGAAGAAUUUGAAAUUAAAAGUAAGAUAAGGAAAGUGGGUUUGGGAAUUCCCACGAAGGAUUUGGAUGUGAAAAAUAUCCUGAGAUUAUUGAAAGAACCCAUUUGUCUCUUUGGAGAAGAUAGCUAUGACAAAAGAAAAAGACUCAAAAGUGUAUUAGUAACAAAAUAUGAUAAACUUAUAAAAAAAAAAAAUAUCGACAAUGAACAGGAAGUGCAGGAAUUCAAAAACAUGCUUAACAGGUACUACAUUGACUUUAGCAAAUUGUAUGAUGUAAAUUCACCCGAAUAUUUAAAAAUACAUGAAUUGGAAGAAAAGUUAGGGACGAAGAGGUUAAAAGAACAAAGUGUUGCAGCUACAGGGGUAACUCUAAAGGGUGCCAUCACGGAAAAAUUCUACACAGAAAGUUCAGAGGCACUUAAGAUAGCUCGUUUGGACUUAACCUUAAAAACGUUGCCGAGGAUAUUAUUGCAUAAAGAAAUGAUAAAUAAAUUUCAAGACAAUUUUUCCAAAGAUGAAUUUGAAAGAUAUAUAUCUUUGUAUAGUGAACAUAUGAAGAGUGAAUUCGAUUUGUUCAUUUCUCAACUUGGUGAUGAUAGACCUCUAACCAUGGGAAAAUUUUCCCCUGACAAUAGCGUGUUUGCAGUCAGCAGUUAUAAUACUUACAUUAACCUUUUUAAUUAUCAAAAUGAUAAUUACAAUAUCGUGAAGACACUUAAAAAUGGACAUGAGGAUAAAAUUAAUUGCAUAAAUUGGAACUAUCCCAAUAAUUAUUCCUACUAUAGUACGCUCAGCUAUAAGGAUGUGGAGAAGAUGGAUCUUCUGUUGGCAUCCUGUUCAUCUGAUAAGUCGUUCUGCCUUUGGAGGCCCUUCACGGAGGAGGACUUACUGGAUGACCAAAACCUUUCCUAUAGAGGCACUCGCGAAAAGGCACCAGGGGGGAGGAAGAACAAAAACGGCGAACAGUUUUCCGACCAGUUAAGCGAUAAUGAAGAAGAGGACCCCAAAGGUGCUGGAGCGAAGGGAAAGGGUGACCAGCAUAAUGAGGAAAGGAAAAAAAGAAACCUCAAUAACGACCAUAAAAGUCGUAAAAGUGGUAAAGACGGUAACAAACACCUACUGUGUAAGGUAAAGGCACACGACGAUCGGAUCAACAAAAUAUCCUUUCACCCAUUAAACAGGCAUGUCCUGACAUGCUCGGAAGAUGAAACGAUAAAGUUCUUCGACAUUGAAACGCAGGAAGAGCUGUUUUACCAAGAGGGUCACAACACGAAUGUAUAUUCGGCCACGUUUAACCCUUAUGGAAAUUUAUACCUCUCUGGAGACUCCAAGGGCGGACUAAUGCUAUGGGACAUAAGAACGGGAAAAAAUAUUGACCAAAAAAAAAUGAUUCAUAAUAACUGUAUCAUGAAUAUCAAUUUUAAUCCCUUCAUGCCAAACAUGUUUUGUACAUGCUCAGUUGAUAAUACAAUAAAGAUAUUCGACUUGAGAAACUUUACCGUUUCUUGUAACAUCCUUGCACACAACAAAAUAGUAACGGACGCAGUUUUCGAGCCAACCUAUGGAAGGUACAUAACGUCCAGUUCCUUCGACACCUUCAUCAAAAUAUGGGACUCUGUGAAUUUCUACUGCACCAAGAUUUUACACAAUAAUGAUAAGGUCAGAAAUGUUGAUAUUUCUCCAGAUGGGAGCUUCAUAUCAUCUACGUCAUUUGACAGGACGUGGAAGUUGUAUAAGAAUACCGAGUUUGCUGAGGAAAACAUUCUUGCACAUUUUGUUUGA